UAAUAUACACAAGAUUGGUCUAAAGAGCUCCAAUGUUUCAGUUUUAUGUUCGCUAGCAAACCACCGCGUUGGUUGAAUCAGAAGCCUUUUGUUGCUGUUGAAGAAGCCUCCAGUUCCGUCCACUAGAUUAUACGUCACGGAGAGGCGCUGAAGAUGGCGGCGAGUGCAGACGAGAUUUCGGCUUGCUCCGAGUAACCUUAACUUUUAUCCCUCUCAAACUUACUUAAAUGUAACGGAACUUGGCUUAUAGUAAACACAAUAGAGAACAACGCUUAGUUGACCGAUAAUUUGAUUCAAAACUUUGAGAAAUGGAAGAAAAAAUGUGCGAAAGAGCAAAGGGAGGAGAAGGCAGUUGCUAACUGAGCACUCAUACAUUGGAGAAAAACCGCCACCUGACUCCUCGGGAGAAGAAAUGGAUUCUGGACAUUCGGUUGAUUCUGAAAAUGCAGUCAAUAGUCCUGCACCCAAAAAGACAGAAAGAAUUGUCUGUCUCUGCAAAGAUAAACGAAGGGGCCGAGGGUCUGGAGAAAAUGAUACGCGAAAACACAUCAAAAAUAGUUGACCUCGAGACCUCUCUGAAUCAUGCAUACAAGAGUAUCGAAGAGCUUAAACUUGCAAACACCGCUACAUCUGAGAAAUGCACUGCUCAGGAGAAGACCAUCGCAGACAUGCAAGAGCGCUUAUCGGAAGCAGAGCGAUACCGGAGAAGGUGGGGGCUACGGCUUUACGGUGUCCCCGAGGACCAGGAUGAGAAUGUGAAGCGCUUAGUAAGAGACAUCUGUAACCGUGUGGCACCGGACUUCCCCGAUGGAUAUAUGGAUAUGGCUGUGGAUGUCGCUCAUCGUAUUGGGAAGAAACAAGAUGCCCUCGUCAGCCGCUCGAUCAUCAUCCAGUUUGCUUUUCGCACAGCGAGAGAUGCAGUUUGGAAGAAAGCAAAGGAAAGCGCCUUUCUGAAAGAGAGAACUUAGAUUCGGCGAGGACUUGACUGCAGCAGACAAGGCAGCAAAGGCUAAAUUGUGGCCUCUUGUACAACAGGCCCGAAAUCAAGGAGAGGGUGGAUACUACAGGGGAAUCAGAGCCUUUUUCGCCAACGGAAAAGAAAUACGACCGGGGUGAUUUGUUCUGUCGGUAGGUUUACAAGGUAGCUCCUUCCCCACUGCAAACUGAACGUUCUAGUUUUGAAAUAUGGUGUUACUGUUUUACAGGUUAAGACUUCUGUUAAUACAUAUAUGAAGCAACUUUUUAUAGAGAGGGUAAAGUUGAGAUUGCAUAGGAUUUUUCUUUGUAUUUUUCUUUGUAUUUGUAUUCUAUAGAUAUGGACUUGAAGUUUGUCAAGCAAUGCCAGGGGGAUACUAACCUGUUGAAGAGAAAAGCAUUUUUUUUGUUUUGUAAGGACUGCAACGCAGAUCUUGUAUUCUUUCAAGAAACACAUUCAUGCAAAGAGGACUAUAAUUAUUGGAAAAAUCUGUGGGGCAGUGACAUUUUUUUGGCCCACAGGACUAAUCAUUCAGCUGGGGUUGCAAUUUUACCACACAAUUUCAAAGGGACAUUUUUGUUUACUCAAAUGGACUCCAAUGGACAUUGGCUAGUAGCGGUCAUCAACCACAUGGACAGAUUAUUUGUGUUGUGUAAUGUAUAUGGAUACUGUUCUAGUCCUCCAAAUAACUUACUUCUAGAGGAAAUUGAAGAAAUUCUUAAGUCUUCUGAAAAAAUAUCCAUCCAGUCAGAUUAUAGUUGGUGGAGAUUUUAAUAUGGUUUAUUCUAAUGUGACUGAUAGAUUGCCCCAUAGGCCUAACAUUGGUGUGAACAAGUUGUUGAAUUUCUGCCAAAGCUUGGACUUAAUUGACAUAUGGAGAGUAAAAAACCCUGGAGAGAUACAAUACACAUGGAGUAAUAGAGAUUGAUCUUUACAAUCAAGAAUUGAUUUGUGGGUGAUAACCUCUAGUCUUGAGCCCAACACUGUAGAGGUAAAAAUACUGCCUGCAGUCCUGACGGAUCAUAAAGUCAUAUGGUUGACUGUAAGAAUGUGCAGUAAUGAUGGUAAGAAAUACUCUGGUGGUUAUUGGAAAUUAAAUAACUCAUUGUUAUUGCAUGAUGAUUUAAAAAAUGUGAUUAAGAAUCUAAUCUCUGUUUACUGGAGUUUAGCUACAUCUAAUGCAGAAUAUGGGAAUAAAAUAAGUAAUUUUAAAACAA